UGCUUGUCAGUAAAAGUAAAUGCUAUCGGUACAGCGCAUAUAGAUGAACUUUACAUGAAGUUUACUGCAUUGUCUUCCAAAUAUUGUUCAAGAAUGUUUCUAUUCCUCCUGGUCUGCAUGCUGGGGUCAUGCUUCUGUGGCAAGGAGAGUGGUCCGUCAUUCCUGGGGCGUCCUGAGUUGUUUGGCCCUUCCAUGGCCGUAGUCAAUGAGGUCGUUGACAUUACGUGUCUUCUGUCCGUCUACCCGAAGAAUGAAGCCAUCCUAAUGGAGUUGUUCAAGGAGGGGAACCAUAAGAAGUUGCUGGGGUUCUACAGUUCCCUCGACGGGGGAAACGCGUCCUUCCCCAUCAUGAUCAAAACUUCCCACGAGGGCAACCUGGAGUGUGUGGCCACGGCACAGAACAAUUCUCUCUUGCAGCCUGCUGUCAGCUAUACGCACUACCUCCAGGUUAUUGAACCGGUUGCAGGUGCAGAGGUCAUUAUAGAAUCAGGUCAAGAGGAGUUCUUUGAGGGAGGGACCCUGAAGCUGAGAUGUACUGUAAAGGCUGGGAAUCAUCUCUCCUACAAGUGGCUCGUAAAUGGUCAGCUGGUCUCAUCGUCUCCCCUUCGCUAUGUGGUAGAUGAUCAACUCCUUAUCUACAGAGCCUCCAGUGCAGACAGCGGUUCCUACAUGUGUGUCGCUGCCAACCAAUACAGCGCAACAAGAGACUUUGCAUCCAACAGCUCCGAAGUGGUAAUCACAGUCAAAGACGUGGUGUCAAAUCCUGACAUUUCCAUCAGGGUGCUGAAGGAGGACCCUCACAACUAUGUGGCCGUGGUCACAUGCCAGUCGAGCAGAGGGACGCCGCCUGUCACCUUCUCCCUCUACAACAGGACGGAACUGGCUUUCGAAAUGACAGCCGACAAGAGAGAAGCCACGUUUAAGGUCCCCCUGGUUUUAGAGCGACACUUAGGGUGGCUCCAGUGCCAGGCUAACAACGGUGAUAAGGUUGCAUACAGUACCUGGUUGCCCUUAGAAGUCGUGAGAGUUGGCGGCCCAGUGACGAUGAAGUACGACUACGACAUCGGAGACAACUACGCUGUGACGGGCCUGAGGUUCUAUUGCAAGGCGAGGAAAGGAUCUCACCCGCAGUACAAGUGGUUCGUCAACCAAACCGUCCUGGAAGGCCGAGGAAGCUUCUACUACACGGUCCAUCAGCCGCCAGAACUGUCCAUCCUCCUGCUGUCCGUAGGGAGCAGCAGUGCCGGGGUGUACCGAUGCGAAGUGUCUGACAUUUUCGACAACAGCACUGCCAUCAGCAGCAACAGGCAGUAUUUAGACAAAGACGUGCUGAAUCGUCUCCCGCUCAUUGUGGUGGCCGUUGUCUUUGGAUGCUUCGCUUUCUUGCUCGUCCUUGUCGCCGCUUGUUGUUGGACCGGAGUGUUGUUCCGAAAAAGGCAGAUUAAGGAGAAGUCCAUUGUGGGCCAGAAGAUGGAGACGUUCCAAGCGUGUGAGGACGAGCUGGAAGUGUCCGACUAUCACAAGGAUAUGGAGAUGACAACAAAACAUAUUGCCGCCUAUUGAGUUAUCGUGUCUGUGCUAAUUUACUAGGGCUUUCAAGUGAUUACCGUAUUUUUCGGACUAUAAGUCGCAGUUUUUUUUUCAUAGUUUGGCCAGGGGUGCGACUUAUAUUCAGGAGGGACUUAUGUGUGAAAUUAUUAACACCUUACCGUAAAAUAUCAAAUAAUAUUAUUUAGCUCAUUCACGUAAGAGACUAGACGUAGAAGAUUUCAUGGGAUUUAGCGAUUAGGAGUGACAGAUUGUUUGGUAAACGUAUGGCAUGUUCUAUAUGUUAUAGUUAUUUGAAUGACUCUUACCAUAAUAUGUUACGUUAACAUAGCAGGCACCUUCUCAGUUGGUUAUUUAUGCCUCAUGUAACGUACACUUAUUCAGCCUGUUGUUCACUAUUCUUUAUUCAUUUUAUAUUGACUUUCUAAUGUCUAUUCUUGGUGUUGGGUUUGAUCAAAUAAAUUUCCCAAAAAAAUGUGACUUAUAUAUGUUUUUUUCCUUCUUUAUUAUGCAUUUUCGGCAGGUGCGACUUAUACUCCGGAGCGACUUAUACUCCGAAAAAUACUGUAUUUUUUAAAUCAGAUUAAUCAAAUUAUUGAGCUGUAAUUAAUCAUGCAUUACAGUGUAUGUACUACAGUGUAUUACUCGAAUUAAAAAUUAACAGAAGAAAAUAUCCCAAUAUUUGGACACAAAUUCAAAUUUGUAGUCAGAAUGAAACAUUUUAAUUAACUGCAAGGAAUUAAUUUGUUUAUAACUUGGUGACAUUAAGUAUAGUAAGAAUUAAGUGCACAUUUACACAGUAUUUGCAAUAAUAUUGCAAACAAGGUACAUUUAGUAAACACAGCAGGGUUUCCCCUAGACUGCCAAGAUGCAUGUGGCGGGCGGUAAGGGGGGAAUGGUCAAUAUGACGUCAUCGAAUAAUUUGCAGAAUCUGCUAUCCCAGCUCCCCCUGUGACCCCAUAAGGGACAAACGCUAGAAAAUGGAUGGAUGCUGUGAUGAUAUGAUUUUAUUUAGUGUUUUUUUAUUUUACAAUUGACUCUCCUUACUUUUAUCCUGCUUUUUGAAUGUGUGUUUUAACUCCCGUGCAACACUUUGUGAAACUUUUGUUUUUUUAAAUGUGCUAAAUAAAGUUGAUUAGAUUGGAUAAAAAUAUUGGAUAAAAAAACAUUUGGUAAGUAAAAAAGAAUCUAAAAUAAAUAACAACCCCACUUUGCAUUAACUUGUUUUGCUUGGUCGAAUAACUUUGAUAGUAGUUGUACUGAUGAAAAUACAAAGUAGUACUCUCUUCUCUUAUCCGGAUUGAUGCUUAAUUUGGCGCAAAAAUGUUACGGAAUGUGCUUUAAAAAUUUUAAAAUUGGUGCCGAGGUGAGGAAAAUUCAAAGCGCAAUGUAGCAAGGGACAACUGUAUUGGUUUUACAAUUGCAUGGAAAAAAUGGGAAUAAUUGUAUUAUUUUGUUUAUAUUUGUACAUUGUCUUAUAUUGCUGUAUUUAUAUAUUGUUAAAUUGUGUUGAUUAAAAAAUUCCUAAAAUA